UGUGCGCCGCGCCUACAACUCCCAGCGUCCCCCGCGGCGCCGAACAGCGGCGCGGAGCCCGGGCGCGCCGCGGGGGCUGCUGGGAGCGCGAGUCCGCCCGCACCCCCUUCCACCCCCUCUGCCCGACCGCGCGGCCUGCGCCCAGCCCCGCUGGCCUCACCUGGAAGCGGCCGAGGAGGAGGAAGAGGAGCCGGGGAGGAAGGAAGGGCGGGAGGAGGAGCGGGAGCGGGGAGGGGGGUGCAGGCGGGAGCCAGCGGGAUGCAGGCGGCGGGCGGCGGCGGAGGGCCGGGCUGCGGCUGCAAGGGGAUCCGCUCCUGCCUGCUCUGCGAGGGGGCCACGCCGACCGCUCCGCCCCCGCAGGGAGAAGAUAAUUUCACUUACUGUCCAGCAACAGGCCUAGCUAAAGGAAAUGAGCACUCAGAAUUUGCUGGCUGGGCAUUUCCCUUUCCAGGGGUGUUCCUGGUGGAGGAGUUCAUUAGUGAAGAUGAAGAGUGUGAGAUAGUAGAACUGAUGGAUCGAGAUGACUGGAAACCAUCACAGUCUGGCCGAAAGAAACAGGACUACGGACCCAAAGUGAACUUCAAGAAACAAAGGCUGAAAGCUGGCAGCUUUACUGGCUUGCCAAGUUUCAGCAGGAAGAUUGUGGCACAGAUGAAGGCCUGUGCUGUGCUCAGUGGUUUCUCACCUGUGGAACAGUGUAACCUGGACUACAGACCAGAGAGAGGCUCUGCCAUCGACCCCCACUUUGAUGACUGGUGGCUCUGGGGGGAGCGCCUGGUCAGCCUGAACCUGCUCUCAAAAACUGUGCUCUCCAUGUCCUGCGACUCAGAGGACACCAUCCAAUUAUUUCCUAUUUCCAAUAAGGAGGGAUUAACCCCCCCUGCACCUUCCACGCAGACAUCAGCGUGCAGAAGCCCAGGAGAAGAGGGAACCGAGUGUUUUUUGUCGCCAAGGCUGGUUCCGGGGAAGGAGGUGAGCGUGGCCAUCCUCUUGCCCCAGAGGUCGCUGGUGGUGCUGCACGGGGACGCGCGGUACAAGUGGAAGCACGGCAUCCGCCGCAGGCACAUCCAGCACCGCCGCGUCUGCAUCACCUUCAGGGAGCUCUCAGCCGAGUUCUGCGCCGGGGGGAGGCACGAGGAGCUGGGCAAAGAACUGCUGCAAAUUGCUCUUUCCUUCCAAGGGAGACCCGUGUGACCGAGAGGUUGUGUUUUGUUGGGAGAGGUGUAAAAUGAGGUACGGAAUUUGUAUGACGAGGUUUAUUUCUGAGGUGGGGUAAGGAAUCAGGUGUGUGCAAAGAUAAGCUCAAUAAAAUCAAGAUUUAACAAACAAGUAAAAGGGGUGAGCUUCGAAACCUCCUGGGCAAUGGGAGCUUUUAAGCCAAAGUCAGAAAUUAUAGGUUGUAUCCAUUACCUGUUUUGUAACAAAAAGGCAAACAACCAGUUCCUAAACACUUAAAUGAACCCAAGAAAGUUAGAAACACUAAACAGUGUAUCAAACAGCCCUUAACACAGUUUCAGCCCAAGCCCUGGCACAGAUUUUAAGCUUUCCUGGCCCAUACUCGAUACUGUCAGAGUGGUUUGAAUGUUGCAUCCAGCCCUGGGGGUACAAAUAUCCCCUCACCCACCUCAGGCAGGUCCUGUAGAGACCAGGUCUCAGGGGAGGAAAGUAAGCAGGUAUCUCUCCACAGAC